AUGGAUCUAGACAGCACUGGUCUGUCAAGUUUUCUACAGAUCAAGCAUAUGAUGGCUUUCAUUGAGCAGGAAGCCAAUGAAAAAGCUGAAGAAAUAGAUGCAAAGGCAGAAGAAGAAUUCAACAUUGAGAAGGGUCGUCUUGUUCAGACACAGAGGCUGAAAAUCAUGGAGUAUUAUGAAAAGAAAGAGAAACAAAUUGAACAGCAAAAGAAAAUUCAAAUGUCCAACCUGAUGAAUCAAGCAAGACUGAAGGUCCUCAAGGCAAGGGAUGACCUUAUUGCAGAUUUGCUGAACGAGGCCAAGCAGAGACUUGCCAAGGUAGUGAAGGAUACUGCCAGGUACCAGACACUGCUGGAUGGACUAGUUCUACAGGGAUUCUACCAGCUGCUUGAGCCCAGAAUAGUUGUUCGGUGCAGGAAACAGGAUCUCCCCAUGGUUAAGACUGCUGUACAGAAGAGCAUUCCCAUCUACAAGAAUGCCAUAAAAAGGGAUGUGGAUGUUCAUAUUGACCAAGACAACUUCCUGCCAGAGGAAAUUGCUGGAGGUGUUGAAAUCUAUAACAGUGAUGGUAAAAUCAAGGUUUCCAAUACCCUGGAAAGUCGGCUGGACCUUGUAGCCCAGCAGAUGAUGCCAGAAAUCCGAGUGGCUCUCUUUGGUGCUAAUGCCAACAGGAAGUUUUUGGACUAAACCUCUAUGAGAGAAGGUGGAAUCUGUUCCACUGCCAUAAUGAAGGGGAUGCAAAAGCAUCUGCUAAUUUAAAAUCUUGAAAUAUAACUUUACUGUGUCAUCUAAUGUCUGUUCUUCAAUGGAAUAAUUUUGUAUACCUGCUGUGCUUAGUCUCUCUACUUGUGUAUUGCUUAAAGGAUGUGAAGACAUACAUAUUCAUCCAGAAGCAACACUACUAAAUGGAGGCGUUGGGGCUCUUGGCUUUCCUUGCACUGUUGUGGCUUUAGAAGGACAAGUGGUCCUUUUAUGGUCACUCUCUUUGCUUUGGCCACAUCUCUUUCAAGUUUCCAAUCUGUGAAGUAAAUUACUACACCACCGAUGGGAAAUCCCAUUCAGUUAAGAUCUUCAGUGUUAUAGAGGGCAUGCAUUCCUUCCCAGGGUUAGUAGUUUAAUUCAUGUUACUUGGUCAGGCAUUUUUCUGUUCUGUAUAUGUGAUUAAAGAAGCCUGAGCCUGUAAAACUUUAUUUAUUAAAAUAAAAAUGCGUGUGUGUAUGGA